AUGAAGUUCGUUGAACUUAUUUCAGACCCUAUUACGUUGAGAGCUCAAAAUCAACAAAUAUUUGAACAUGCUGAAUUACCUGUGACGAAAGAUGAACUAUCAGUGACAUUACGACUUAAACUUCAUUGUUAUAAUUUUCCAUAUGCAACUAUCUUUCACAAAGGUACUGGAGAUUCAAUUUGCACACCUGGUUUUUGGCUAAAAGAAGAUAAACUUCUUGCUCGCUUCACAAGCGACUGUGAUGAUAGUGCAGGAACUGGCGCACUCGCUCCCGGACUUUUGUUAAACAAAUGGUACCAUCUAACUUAUACACUUUCUAAUACUAAAAAAAGUUUAGACCUUUACAUAGACGGUCAGUGGACCUGGCACUAUAGCUUACAGGACGUUAAAAAGCAAAAUGUUAAGUUCAAUGAUGGACCGCUAUAUAUUGGACGUGCUUUUUCUUAUAGUGGGAUUAACGGAGAAAUCAGCAAUUUUCGUUAUUUUGACUGGUGCUUAUCUGCUGAAGAAGCGAAGGAAGAUUUUCUCAAAAGGCCAAUUCUAAACGGAUCAAAAAUUGCUCUUGUUCAUGUGUCUACUAGAAAAUAUUUGACUACUAGAAGGAUCAAAUACUCGUGUCAGCAAUAUAUGGCUAUUUGUAAUGGUCAGAAAGUAGAUUUGGAAAAUGAUGUUUGGACUAUUAUUGGAGCCAGUGAAACAGGCAAAAGUACAGGGAAUCUUGGAAAUCUUGUAUACUUUAAUACCAUUAUUGGAUUUAAGCAUCAAGCGACAGGAUGCAAUUUACAUUCUCAUCAUAAUUCGGAAGGAACUCCAAAAUCGAAGCAUCAGCAAGUGACCCUCUUUGAGAGUGCAAAUCGCGAUGAUAAUUGGCUUAUUCGACGUUAUAGUCAAAACGCUUCUUAUGAUGACUCAGGUAGUUUGAAUCAUGGUGAUAUCAUCAGUCUUUUCCAUAUCACAACUGGUAAGCCAGCACUUUACAGUCAUAACAUCUUGUUAGAUGAUGCAACCCAAGAAGUUUCUUGUCAUGGAAAUGGAGAUGAGGAAAAUCAUAAG